AGAGGAAAGCCAAAGGCCAGGAGGGAUUUCACCAGCCCUAGGGCAGCAUGGAGCAGCUCUUUUCCUGCCAUGGCCGAAGACUUCUCCAAGCCAGUUUGUGGAAGAAUGGCGUCCAUCUUAGGGCCUCCUCAGGAGUCAGCAUGUUACGAAAGUCGGGGGCCUGUCAAAGGCCUUUGACAAGGACCUUUGCCAUGCUCCGGGGGGCCCACUCUGGCUGCCUAGCUGGCUCUGCUCCCAGGCUUCUUGAGAACCACCUCCAACAGUCAGACAUCCCAAGCCGAUGGGCCUCAGGCGCCACAUGUAACUCACCUCCCAGCUCUGAGAUUGUAGCCCGACCAGUGGGUGUCUGCACCAUGAUGAGACUGCCCUUGCAGGGCUCCCCUGAAGGGCUGGAUGCUGCAUUUGUGGGCGUUCCUCUAGAUAUUGGCACUUCCAACCGACCUGGGACAAGGUUUGGACCUCGACGGAUUCGGGAGGAAUCUGUGUUGCUGAGGGCAGUUAACCCAAGCACGGGUGCUGUCCCCUUCCAGUCCCUCUCAGUGGCUGACAUCGGUGAUGUGGAUGUCAACCUGUACAACCUCGCGGACAGCUGCCGGCUCAUUCGAGAAGGCUAUCAGAGAAUUGCGGCGACCAGCUGUAUUCCUCUCACCUUAGGAGGAGAUCACACAAUCACUUACCCCAUACUGCAGGCGUUGGCGGAAAAGCAUGGUCCUGUUGGGCUGUUGCAUGUCGAUGCCCACACUGAUACAGCUGACAAAGCCUUGGGAGAGAAGCUCUACCAUGGGACCCCCUUUCGUCGCUGUGUAGAAGAAGGACUCCUGGACUGCAGACGAGUGGUACAGAUAGGCAUCCGGGGAUCUUCCAUGACCCUGAAUCCCUACAAAUACAAUCGAGACCAGGGCUUCCGUGUGGUCCUGGCUGAAGAUUGCUGGCUGAAGUCGCUAGUUCCGUUGAUGGGGGAAGUGAGGCAGCAGAUGGGAGACAAGCCUAUUUAUAUCAGCUUUGAUAUUGAUGCCUUGGAUCCAGCCUAUGCCCCAGGGACGGGGACUCCUGAGAUUGCUGGCCUCACACCAAGCCAAGCCUUGGAGAUUAUCCGUGGAUGUCAAGGCCUGAACGUGGUGGGCUGUGAUCUUGUGGAAGUCGCGCCUAUGUAUGAUCCUUCUGGAAACACAGCUCUCCUGGCAGCCAAUCUGCUGUUCGAGAUGCUGUGUGUUCUCCCCAAAGUGAAAACUGUCUGAGCUGUUCCCUGGCCUCGGUGCUUCUCAAAGGGAAAUCUCCUUACAAGGAUGGACUGGUCACAGGGCAGACAGGUCUUAGGAAGAGUCUACAGGCAAGUGGCCUAGCUGAAGCACCCAGAGGAUUAAGCACACUGGACAAGUUUUUGCCAAACCAAAUAACGAUUUUCUGCUAAAUGCGUCUUAAGUGUCUUGUCUGACUUCUAGAAAUGGAAAAAUAAAACGAUCAUCAAUAUAAGCUAA